AUGAAAGUCACCCCGCCUGGUGUCCGCGAGCCGGAAUUUCACUUAGCAAUGGCAAACCUCACCCAUUCGCAUCUCCUGAAAUGCCUAGCAAGCUUUACGUUCAGCUCAAAAUAUCAUAUGAUAUACGAGAAGGCAGAUGAUGACCUAGAAAAGUUCAUGAAGGCGCGUAACAAUCCCACUGAUAUUCCCUCCUUUUCCGCGCCAGAUCUCGCGAGACAGCUUUACGGUCUGGCUGGCGCUUUGUCUCUCAUCCAUAAUCAGGAGAUGGCCGUGUCAGGUCCUAACCCCAACCUACUCAGUAUACCGCAGCAACCGUCGUCGCGCACGGGAUACAUCCACGACAUUAAGCCCGACAACAUUCUGGUUUUCAUCUACGACCAGAAUGGUAAGAAACAGUACUGGCUCCGUCUUUCAGACUUCUCGUGCGCCAACGUCCGUGAUCUUGUCAAGUCCGUCAGCGGCCAAAAACGGGAUAGUUGGCGUACCGACAACAAAAAGAGUACACCGAAUUAUCGAGCGCCGGAGUACUUACAGGAUGAAAAGAUAUCCCGACCGUACGACUUAUGGUCUCUCGGCUGUGUCUAUCUUGAGUUACUUGUAUGGUUCAUGGAAGGCUACGAAGCACUAGUACAGUUCCGUAGCGCUCGUCUAUGUCAAGUGAAGCCAGGAGGUAUAUACGACGAAGGAUUUUGCUACAUUGAGGAAAGCAGGAAUGCAAAGGUCCAGAUACGAGAGGUUGUGAUACAAAAGCUGAGAGAUAUGUCAGCUUGCUGCACCGGCGAUUUGAAGGACAUUGCAGACGUCCUCCCAAGACUCCUAGAGAUCGAUUCGAAGAAGCGAGUCACAGCUGGGGAACUGGUCGAACAGCUGAGCCAUCUCGACACCGGCGAAAGUCCUCCCUUCGACUACCAACAACCCAACUCUCUUAUGGUGCCUAGUAUGUCUACUGCACAAGUCCCAGCUUACGAGUCGGACUCCGAAUGCUCCAGUUUCGAGAUGGUGAAGAUCACUGGAGCGACCCAGUAG